AUGCCUAGACAAAGAAGAUCCGCUCCAGCUAGACCAUCGCAGACCAGAUCUGCUCACACCAUGGCAGCUCCAAGUGCUCCAGCAUCCCAUCCAACCUCCAUCUCCCACCCCCAGACCCAGCAGUCUCAAAGCCCAGGUCUCUUUGGCCAGAUGGCUUCUACCGCUGCCGGUGUAGCUGUUGGUUCCACCAUUGGUCACACUUUGGGUGCAGGUAUCACCUCGAUGUUCGGUGGUUCUUCUGCUCCAGCUGAGGCUCCCCAGCAGCAGGUGGCUGCUCAGCAGCAGCAGUUCAACAACCAGGAACAAGGCAAAUCGUGUGACGCUGACGCUAGAACCUUUACUAAAUGUUUGGAAGAGCACAAUGGCAACAUGCAAGUUUGUGAUUUCUACUUGCAGCAAUUAAGAGCAUGCCAGGAGGCCUCUCGUCACUACUAG